AUGUUGUCCAUCACUGUAGCAACGUUACUCGUUGUUAGUAAUGUUAUUCCGAGGAUACAAGCAGAGGGGCAAGAAGAACGAAAAGCGCAACACAAUGGAAUGCAGAGACCCGUCUAUAAAAGCAAUAGUGUAAUUGAAGCUCUAAAGGUACAGAAAAGAGAAACUCUCAACAUUGUGCCAGAAUCAUACUUAGAGCAGACAAAUCAUGUGGAUAAAUCACAAAACGGUCGUAGGCUGCGACGAGACUUGAACUUGAGUGAUUUUAUGCCCGACUUAAGCAAAAUGUGGAGUUCCUUUAAUGCUACCUCGAACAAGACUGAACCUGUAAUUUCUUAUGGUUCCCGAACUUAUCAGAGAAACAACAUUUAUCCCGAAAGUGAUGGAAAAAACGUCGUGUAUGGAUCUCAAGACGUGCAAAUUGGCAAUACUUUUUCUGACAAUCCUAAUGGGACGAAUGUGUAUGGACCUAUUGUGGUACAGGAGAAUAAUGAUUAUCGCGGGAAGAAUAAAAAUGCUCAAUACGGAGCUAGUAUUACGCAAAUUGGUAACAAAUAUCCUGAGCAUCCUGGGAAAAAUGAUAUCUAUACUGGUGUAGUCGUUCAGAAUGGUAAUACCUACCCAGUAAAUCCCGGAAAUAAAACCUCGUUUGCAAUUAUUGUUAAUCAAUCUAACAAUACUUAUCCAAAAUCGAUAGAAAAUAACACAGACGCAUUGAAGCCAGUCAUCCAUCAAAGCGGAAACUUUUAUCCCUCCAGCAAUGACUUAGAAGCUGGAAUGAAGACAAAAAAUAACACAGAGAGAAAUUCACCAUUUACUAAUCACGAUUCUGAUUCAAGCUCAACUAUAGAAAGGACGACGCUAUAUAAUAAGAAGAGUGAAGCAUAUGCAGAGAAGCACACCGAAUCUAACAGACAAAUGAGUUUGUCAUCUAAUGUAUUUUACUCACUUUUAUAUUCUUUGAUUAUAUUGUUCAAAUAUUCUCUAUUCUAG